CCUACAGAAGGGUGAACCCUCGAGAAGGCCUCCCCUGGUUUUUGGACAACAGCAUUGAGUGGACUUCUGCUGGGGCCAUGUCCUCUUCCAUCAGAAUUGAAUCUGUUGUGAAGGAGAAGAACCGGAUGGGAGAAUGCCCGGUCUGGGAAGAACAGGAGAACGCGCUCGUCUAUGUCGACAUUAAUGGCCAGAAAGUCUGCCGCUGGAGCGCGCUCAGCCACGAGGUGCAGUGCGUGUCUGUGGAUGCCCGUGUCAGCUCUGUGGCCCUGAGGCAGCGUGGGGGCUACAUCAUCACCCUGGGGUCCAGGUUUGCCUUUCUGGACUGGGACACCCAGAAGGUCACCACCAUCCUCGAGCUUGAGCAGGAUAAACCCAACAACAGGUUCAAUGAUGGCAAAGUGGAUCCCAAGGGGAGGUACUUUGCUGGCACGAUGGCUGAAGAGACAGCACCAGGGGUCCGAGCAAGACGGCAAGGGGCUCUCUAUACUCUUUUCCCUGACCUAUCAGUAAUAAAACAGUUAGACCAAGUGGACAUCUCCAAUGGUCUGGACUGGUCCUUGGACCACAGGACCUUCUUUCACACUGACAGCCUGGCGUACGCUGUGCAUGCCUUCAGCUAUGACGUGUGCACUGGAAAGAUUGCCUGCCCCAGACUGCUGUACCACUUGGAGGAGGAGGAGCGGAUGCCCGACGGGAUGUGCACUGAUGCAGAGGGGAAGCUCUGGGUGGCCUGCAUUGAUGGAGGAAGAGUGAUCCGCAUUGAUCCAGAGACAGGAAAAAGAAUCCAAACUGUGAGGCUGCCGACUUCAAGGAUCACCUCCUGCUGCUUUGGAGGAAAGGACUACGCGGAGAUGUACGUGACGUCUGCCUAUGAUGGGCUGGACGAGGCCACCCUCGCCAAGGAGCCUCAGGCAGGAGAGAUAUUCAAGGCCUGGGUGUUAAAGGGAUCCCACAGAAUUUUUUUGCUGCUUAGAAGUCACCACUAA